GUUGGACAGAAGAACAGCUUCCCCCUGCUGCUAGUUUCUCUCUGUAACAAUGUGGCUUUAUAAUUUUUUACUAGGUUUAGACUUCAAGGGACUACUCCUGUUCCUUUUUAUUUUUAUCAUAAUAGCAGACUAUCUCAAAACACGGAACCCUUCUAAAUAUCCUCCUGGACCGUUGGCUUUACCACUUGUGGGGAAUAUCUUUAGUGUGGACAGUAAACAUCCACACAUUUAUUUUACCAAGCUGGCUGAUAUUUAUGGGAGUGUAUUCAGCGUCCGUCUUGGCAGUGAAAAGAUGGUGUUAGUGUCUGGCUACAAGGCGGUGAAGGAGGCCAUUGUGACACAAGCUGAGAACUUUGUGGAUCGACCAUUCAGUGCAAUCCAGGACAGGAAUUACUCCAGGACCUCAGGUGGUCUGUUUAUGAGCAAUGGGGAAACAUGGAAGAGACAGCGACGCUUUGCCUUGUCUACCUUACGUAGCUUUGGCCUGGGCAAAAACAUAGUGGAGCAGAGUAUCAGCGAGGAGAUCAGACACCUGCAGGAAGAGAUCGAGAAGGAGAAAGGUGACACUUUCAACCCAGCAAAUGUUUUCUACAAAGCUACGUCCAAUGUCAUUUGCCAGCUGGUGAUGGGGAAGCGGUACGACUACAGCGACCACGAGCUCCAGCACAUGCUGAAAUGUAUGUCAGAGGAAAUGAUGCUGGAGGGCUCCAUAUGGGGCUGGGUUUAUGAAUCGUUCCCUGCACUGAUGAAGCAUUUGCCAGGUCCUCACAACAAAAUUUUCAGCCACUUUGACACCGUCUAUGGAUUCAUCAGUCGGGAGGUACAAAAGCACAAGAUAGAUCUGGACCCCAACAAUCCCCGGGACUACAUUGAUGCUUUUAUCAUUGAAAUGGAAAAACAUAAAGAGACCACUAUGGGCUUCAGCGAGGCCAAUCUAGCUGCAUGCUCUUUGGACCUGUUCCUGGCUGGAACAGAGACAACCUCCAACACUAUGCUCUGGGCUUUGGUUUACCUCAUCAGCAACCCGGACAUUCAGUCCAAAGUCCAGGCAGAGAUAGACACAGUGAUUGGACAGAGCCGCCUGCCCACUAUGGCCGACAGACCUAACCUGCCCUACACUGAUGCUGUCAUCCAUGAGAUUCAGAGAUUUGGAAAUAUCGUUCCUCUCAAUGCAUUCAGAAUGGCCAACAAGGACACAACACUUGGUGGUUACUUCAUCCCCAAGGGUACAAGUCUGUUACCAAUCCUGACCUCUGUCCUGUUUGACAAGACUGAAUGGGAGACUCCAGACAUCUUCAACCCCGGACACUUCCUCGACUCUGAGGGGAAGUUUUUGAAGAGGGAAGCUUUCAUGCCUUUCUCUGCAGGGAAACGAGUGUGUCUUGGAGAAGGUCUUGCCAGGAUGGAGCUGUUUCUGUUUUUCGUUGGUUUAAUGCAGAAGUUUUCUUUCUCUGUUCCUGAUGGAGUUAAGCUUGAUCAAGGAGGAGUCACGGGAAUUACACGCGUGCCGCACCCAUUCAAGGUGUAUGCUAGGGUGCGUUGAACUGGAUAUCAACUUGUGGUGCCAUUUCAUGCUUGAGUUAUUGGUUUUAUUUUUAACUGUGUUGUUUUGUUGUCAUUGUCAGUUGUUACCAAUUAACUUUAGUUUCUUGUAAAUCUUGUGAGUGUAUGGCACUCUCAGGUUCCUGAAUUUAGUUUUCAGUGUUUCCUGUUUUAUUUCUUCAGUUCUUGCCCCCAGUGUGUCAUUUUUACGUCUGCCUUUGUUUAUUUUCUGUCUUUUUUUUAAUUAGGUGCCUUGCCCUAAUUGUUUUCACCUGUGUCUCAUUACCCUGCGUAUUCAGUCUCAUUUCUUCAUCAUCAAACUUCUCCUGUUUUCUUGUAGAUUUUUAUUGCAGAUAUUUAGGGUUGUUUCCUGUGUUUUUGCAUUUUCUCUUGCACAUUUUACCCUGGACUCAAGAAUUAGAAGGUUUAAUUUUGUCUUCUGUCAAGAAAUCUGCUCACAUCAGCCUAAAUGUUUCCUUGAUUCUUUGAACUGUGACAGACAAAAGUAUAAUAAACUAUAAAGAUCAAAAUGCUUUGUGAUGUUAAAUUGUAUUUAGUUCUGAAGUUAAAGUCUUGACGUAUGUCCUGGGGACCUUCUUGUUUGCUUUUCAUUCUGUGUUGGUUGUUUUAACAUAAAUUAUUUGGGAUUAGCAUCCCUGUUUAUGCUGUUU